AUGGUCGACAAAACCAGGUUCGUUGAGCUGUUGAAGGGGUUGCAAACUCCGGACAAUUCUGUGCGACAGCAAGCGGAAACGAUGUACCAGCAAGCAAAGCAGGCCGAGCCAGACAAUCUCAUUAUUGGGAUGAUGACUGUUCUGGGAAGCGCAGAUGUGGAUGAAGGCGUACGAAGGCACGAUUGCGUCCUUCUGCGGCAGCUGGUCACCCGCGGUUCUGAAAAGGACUUUGUUUAUGCCAGGAUAACCGAUGCACACAAGCAGGAGGUUGCGAAUGAACUCUUGCGACGAUACGAACAGGAGAAAUCGCCAGCAAUGCAGAAGAAGAUUGGUGAGGUGGUUUCCAAGCUCGCCGAGUAUGUUUGCGACAAGGAUGAUCCCAGGGGCAGCCUGGCACCAGGCAAUCCCUCUGGUUGGCCUGCCCUUUUGCCGCAGGUCUUCAGAAUGGCUGAUACAAGCACAGCCAGCUCGAUUGAGAGCUGUGAGUCAGCCCUCAGACUUCUAAAGGACUGCGUUCCCACGCUCAAGGAUCACAUUGUGGAAGCUAAGCAACAGCUUGGCCAAAUCAUUCAGAAUGGAUUGCAAUCUCCGCAGGUCAAACACAAAGUGGCAACUUUUCUCCUGGUGUGUGAGAUCGUGACGGAAACCGAAAAGAAAGCAUGGGCGCCGCUUCUCUCCACCGUGGGCGUUCUUGUGCAAGUCUUACGUAUUGCAUGGCCGGCAUGGCUCAAACAGCUGUUUGCCAUGGCGAGAGCGGGACAAGCUGCACGGAGUGCCGCAUUGUGGCUCAGGUGCGACCUGCGCCUCGAUGACAAUUUGGCUUUGAAGGCAGCAGCUGAAGGUGUUCAAACGCUCCUUCCAGUCUACGUUUUUGAUCGAGAAAAGUUCAAUACUCCCACCUUGGCAGGUGCUCGCAAAAGCAGUGCUCGCAGGGCUCGCUUUCUCUUGGAAAGUGUGCAGUGCCUGCGGCGCCACCUUGAAAAGGCGGGCUCAGGACUGGCAGUUGCACUGGGUCCACCACAAGAGGUUAUUCCAAAGCUCUGCAAUGGCUUGGCCAAAGUUAUCGUUACCAAGGGCUACUGCAGCGAGGAGCAGCGAGAGGAACAUUUGGUCGCGAAGCGCUUGAAGAGUGCAGGGGCUGAUCUGCAGUCUGUUUGGGGCGGCACCCUUUACAUGCCAGAGGAGUGCGGACAGCCACCAAACAGUACACCCUUACUCUUUACAUCGUUCAGGAAUAAGGCAGAAGGACGAGGGCAAAUCCGUGCACCACUACCAGCACCAAAGCAGUUGCCACCUGUGCCAGAUUUAGGAGAUUUGAAGGAGGCAUUGAGCUUUCUUCCUACAUUGAAGGAACUGGGGUACGAUGAUGACGAAGUGGAAGAAGCCAUGCGGGAUGAUCCUAGAGGUGUCCUUCCCUUCCAGGGUGGCGAAGACGCGGCGUUGGCCAGACUCAACAAGUGGAUGUUCGAUGAUGACCACUUGAAAGAGUACUUUGAUAUCAGGAAUGGCAUGCUGGGUGAAGGCUACUCGUCAAAGCUCAGCCCUUGGCUGGCGCUGGGCUGCAUCUCGCCACGUCGCAUUUGGUCUGAGGCGAAGCGCUAUGAGACUGAGAGGCGCAUACAGAACAAGUCCACCUAUUGGCUCGUUUUCGAGCUGACUUGGCGCGACUUUUUCAUCUACAUGGCAUGGAGUCAGGGAGACAAGAUCUUCAUUCCCGGUGGAGUGACUGGAGACAGGACUGCUUGGAAAGGUUCAAUGGACAAGCUGGAGAGGUGGAAGGAAGGACAGACAGGAGAUCAACUGGUGGAUGCCAACAUGCGAGAGCUGAAGGCUACGGGCUUCAUGAGCAAUCGAGGAAGACAAAAUGUGGCUAGUUUCCUGAUCUUUGACUUGGGUGUGGAUUGGCGAUACGGUGCUGCUCAUUUUGAGGAACUCUUGCUGGACUAUGAUCCCUGCUCUAACUGGGGGAACUGGGUCGCAGCUGCCGGCCUCACAGGUCAGCGCAUCAACAAGUUCAAUACCAGGAAGCAGCUGUCGGACUACGAUCCUCAGCGGGAGUAUGUGAAUCAUUGGCUCCGGGGUGAUGGCCGAAAGGUACAGAUCCAGACGAAACUCAAUUUUGCCAAAGCUAAAGAGGAAGAACCUGGGAGCAAAAGCAAAGGUGAGGGAAAGAGAGGACGAUGGGGCCGCGAUAAGGGCAAAGGAAAAGGUGGCUACAGCACUGGCAGCACUGGACAGAAAAGGUCCUGGUAUGGCGGAGCCCACGAUGAUCCUAUGGAGGUGCUGACCGGCUUGGCACAGGCCAAAGAGGAAGAUCUCCUACAGGAGUGCAUUCAGGCCUUUACAGAUGUUGCAACAGUUGAACCUGACUUCUUCAAGGCUCAGCUCCAGCAGAGCUUGGAGCCUGCGAAGUUCAUGGCAACGGUGGCAAGAACUCGAGAGGCUUGUGAUUCGGGCCUGCGUGGAUUGGCCAUUGAGUGGCUUGUGAGCUAUGUUGAGAAGAGGAACAAGUUCUUGGUGAAGUCUGUGCCAGAUUUCAUAAAUCUCACACUGGAGUGCUGCAUGAGCCUCAUGUUGGAAGUGGAUGACUCAGAGGAGAAGCUCAAGGAAUGGAUUGAGCGUAUGGACGAUGAGGAGGGUGAAGAAGAUGAGGACGAACUUUUCCACACAGGUGAGGAGUGCAUUGAUCGCGUUGCGGAGGCUGCCAGCAUGGAGACCAUUGGCAACAGCCUCUUCCGGCUCAUUGGCCACUUCUCCCAGCAGGACUCCUGGCAAGCCAAGCACGCUGCUCUUGCAGCAGUGAAGCAGACUGUGGAGUAUGUAGAGGAGCAAGGUCACGUCGAUGAGAUGGCUAGACUGCUUCUGAGCCACGUAGAUCAUCCACACCCCAGGGUGCGAUUCACAGCCCUGCAUGGCCUUGGCCAGCUGGCCAAUGAUCAGUCUCCCCACUUUCAGGAAACAUCUCACCUGCAAGUCAUGCCGGUUUUGACCCGGAAGAUGGACGACCAGGUAGAUCACGUUGCUGCUAUGGCAAUGUCUGCCUUCGUGUCCUUUGGCGAGAUCGUGCAAUGGCAUAUCCGGUGCAGUGGCGGCCGGCUGGUGCUGCUCAGGCCAUCCUCAUUUGGGUCAGACUAUGCCCGGCACCAUGCCUGGGCAAACCAUACCUGGGCAGAUGCCGGGCCUGGCUCAACGACCAUCAAGGCCUGUUCCACAACCUGCACCGCAGCCUGCGCCGCAUCCUGCUGCAUUCCAAACGCAGCCAUCGCAGCAUCAUCCGCCACAGUUGGUGCCGCAGCCUGCGCCACAACUCGCUCCAGCAUCUGGGGGUGUGGCACCAAGGACUUUAGCAUCUUUGGACCCUGCCACAGCAUCUCGGAAUCCUUGUCAUGGUAUCAGUGCAGCCGUUCGAAUGCCGCUGGUGCCGCAGCAAGGAGUACCGCCACCAAUCUUGGCUUCGCAGGUGUCGAGGCCAGUGGCAGUGCAAAUGGCAAAGCUGCCCAGCCAGGUGCCUUUGCAGAUGUUGCCUUCAAGCAUUGCCAGAUUCUCAUGCUCUUUGCAUCUCUUUUUGUGGGCAAACUCUUGAAGGAGCGAGAGGUCCUUCGCAGCCGGAAAGCAGAUCUGGAAAGAACGUUAGAAGGUCCAGAUACCCUUUCGUCUUCUGCAGCCCGGCUCCCUGAAAUAUCUGUCCAGACACCCGUCCUUGUUUCAGCUGGGUGUGCCCCACAAGCUUUCCCUUUGACAGCACCAGAUCGAGUGGCGCAAGAAGCUGCAGAGGAAGCCGCAAAGCAAGCUGCAAGUGCAGAGAACACGCUGGCACAGACCCAGGGAGCUGAGGGGGCUGAAACGGCCGUUGGCACUGCACCAGUGGAGCAAAGCCUGCCAGGUGAUCAGCUUGGGGUUCCGAAAGCAGGUAGCGAGCAGAUGCCAGUGACUGAAGUGAGCUCAGAGAAGGUUGAAAACGUGACCUUGGCCAGUCCUGCUCCAUUCUCCACAACAGGGAAUCCAGAAACCGCCUGUUCACCAGAUGGAAGCAAAGCAGCCAUUGGGACUACAACUUCUCAGGCAGUGCCGGAAGAGAUUUCAUUGGCAAGCCCCAUUCGACCAGCCCUACAGACUUUGCAGAAUUUGGCUGUCUCCCUGGGCAGUCCAAAGCUGGAGAAUGCGGUACCUGAGAUCGUGACACUGGCAAGCCCCAUGCAAGAAGCAUACCAUGGGUACAGCGCUUACAAUCUCGGAGUAAAGUCGCCUGCUCCGGCUGAAGUGCCAUUGCAACCCGAUGUUGCUUCUGGACGACCUCUCAUGAGUCCAGGGUCACCACUAGUGGCAAAGGUUACCGACACGACUUCUCCCGAGACUCUGUCGGCCACCACACUUGUGGCUGGUACACCUCCAGAUGCCAGGAAGGUAAACGGUGUCCCAUGCAGUGGUGAUGCAGCAGCAGGUGUAGGUGCCAAGUCCGAGCAGGAUCCGCAGGAUCCGCAGGAUCCCAUCAAGGUGCCUUCGCCCUCCUACGGCAGCCUUGAUGGAAGCAGUGUGCUGCCAGAUUGUGAGACGAUGGGACAAGAGAAAUUGCUCGAGGCCAAGCAGCUUGCCCUGAGCACGCCAGAAGAAUUGAUGGCUCGGGUUGAAGAUGCCAGCAUCAGACUCACCUGGUUUUUUGACGAGGAGAUGCUGGAGCAGCUUGCCUCUGGACCAGCAGAGCUGUCCUUUCAAAUCCGCCAGCAAUCGGAGGGCGUUGGAGGCCGCUUGCGGAUAAGGGAGCACUCCUGUGCGGCCGUUUACGCAGCAAAGGAUGGUGCAGUGCAGGAGCAGAGCUUCUUGGUUGAGGGCUGUGCUCCUGGACGACCAUACACGUUUAGCAUUUGCUGUCGCUUGCAGUUGCCUGGUGCAGAGCAGCAGGUGUCUGAGUUUUGCGAAGCGGUCACUGCCUGCGUGCCAGCCACGACGCCUGGGAACAAAGCACCUGCGUCACUCUGCUCCACGGCUGCUUCUGUGGAAACGAAGGGGACACUGGAAGAACCAAGUGUAGCUGCAGCGACGGUACCAGUGGUAGCAGUCGCAGCACAACCAGUGCAACCAGUGGCAGCUGUCCAACCGGUGCAACCGGUGCAAUUGGCCCCGGUGCAACCAGUACUGGCUGAACAAGCAGUGGCUGAAGCAGUUCCACCAAUUUCACCACUUCCACCUGUGCAAGCAGUACCAGCUGUGCAAAUGAUCCAGGCUCCUGAACUUCCAGUUGAAGGGAGUUGCAUUGUGCCGAAGGUGGCAGAGGCGGCUCCACCUGUAGAAAGCAAGCUCGGCCCCGAGGCAUGCGGCCAAUUCUUACCUGACGAUGGCUGCCAUUUGCGCAAAUGGCUGCAGGAUCACAAAGACUCUGAGCUCAACCGGGCGCAGUCAAGGGCCGCGGAAUUGACAAAUGGAAAGGUGCCGCAGGCAGAGGUCAGACAAGCUUCAGAAGAUCAGAGCUUUUUGAGGCAGUGGCUUCAGAGCCGGCGGCAAGCUCCUAAUUCCAGUUCUACAGGAGGCCAAGUAGCAGCAAGGAUCCCUGCCACCGAGAUAGAUGUGACGCGAAUCACAGAGCAAGAUGUCAGGCUACAAUCGAACCCAGCAGGUGCAACGAUCGAGUACUUCCUGGAAGCCAUUUACUUUAGGGUCAAUCCUGAUUGCAGCGGCCCAGUCUGGGUGCAAGGCAUCAAUGGUAUGCUUCCUGGUCCAGAAAUUCGCGUCAAGCGUUAUGACAGGCUGCAAGUGACUCUGGUGAACCGCUUGCCAACAGAAAAGCUGGCAAUUCACUGGCACGGCUUCAGGCAGCAAGGCUCCCAAGAAUAUGAUGGGGCUUUGAGCAUCACAAUGUGUGGUGUUGAACCUGGGACUUCUUUCACCUACGAUUUUAUAGUUGAUGAGCCACCUGGCAGCUACCACUAUGGACAUGCUGCUCCAGGCCAUGUAGCUGCUCGAGGUCUAUUUGGACCUUUGAUCGUCGAGGAUGAUAUAGAGCCGAAUCGGACCUAUGAUUCCUAUGAUAGAGAUGUUACGAUCAGUUUGUUUGACUGGUGGCCAGAAAGCAUGAAACAGUUGGACAUGAAACGGCAAGCGUAUCUUUCACGGCCCGACACACAAUCGCCACAAGGUAACAAUGUUGGCCUGAGGGAGUUUCACAAUAUUCUGAUCAACGGGAAAGGGGUCUUCAAUGCUUUUGGUCCUGACUUUGGAACCAGCAACUGCACUGACGUGGAAGAUUUGUUUCAGGUUGUUGGGACAUCUGGUGAGAUCCUGCGUUUGCGAGUGAUGAAUUUGGGUGCUGUUUAUGCCCUGCGCUUCCGUAUCGAUGGUCAUCGCAUCCAGAUCAUUCAGGCAGAUGGCGUUGAUAUCGUGCCAUACAUCACAGAUGCUGUGACGAUGGGUACUGGAGAAAGGUUCGACGUUUUGGUCUCGAUGGACCAGAACCCAGGUAGCUACUGGAUUCGUGCUGAAACCCUUGAAGGGAAUGGAGUUCGUCAUGGACAACUGGCGGUUCUGCGGUACGAAGGAACCCUGGAAAAUGUGGAGCCAAGCCUGGGUUUUGCUCGGAUUCACAACAUUGGGGAUACCUCAUUGAUGACACUCAACUGUGUUGAUCAAGAGCCCAUUUCUUGGAGGUGCAGACCGCUUACAGAUUUGCGCAGACCUUCAAACUCUACAUUGAAUGAGUCUGAGCUUGGAGCAAGCCACAGCUUCCGACAGAUUGAAGUCAAUGUGCGAAGCUUUAGAGGCAAUAGUCCUGGUGAAUUCACUCGAGUUGUGGAUGGAGGAAACCCAUUUGAGGAUCAGUUUCAAGGUAGUUAUGCUCAAUUUCACAGGCCAAAUGUACCCUACUCGUACAUUGAAGGCCAAAGUGGAGAGCACCCAAAUACCCUUUCCGUGAAGCUGUCCCUCGGAGAAACUGUUCGAAUUCUCUUGCAGUGGCAAGACAGAGUUGCUCAUUCGUGGCACUUGCACGGGCACAAGUUUGUGGUGCUCGGGGUGUUUGCCCCAAAUUACGGCACGGACUGCGACCUCCUCUACUGCCGCUCAGAAGCGGCUCGUUGGCUGAACCGGGAUGGAUUGCCACAGGACCUCUUGGACCCAGAAGUGGCACCAGUCAAGGACACUGUGUUUGUCCCUGCAGGUGGUUGGGCUGUGAUUCAGUUUAAGGCCACCAAUCCAGGCUGGUGGCUUUUGGGCAGCCAGAUGCAUCUUCAUGAAGGCAUGGGGUUGAUCCUCAUUGAAGGGGAAGAUGCGAUGCCAGAACGCCUCAAAAAUGACACAUACUUUGCAGACAGAGGAUUUCCCAGCUGUGAUGAUGAGCUUGGGCAUGUGGAACGCAAUGGGAAAGGUUUCACUUGUCAAUGCUGGCAAGAUCCAGACAUGAAAAUCAACAACAUGCCGCUGAAUAGCUACACAUGUUCAAACCCCUAUCUCUGCGAAUCACUGACUGAGCUAGAUGGCGCCCCUAGCCAAAUCGGAAACCGUGCAAGAGACUACGGGCGCACAGCCAGAGUGGGUCUGGCUAUUGUGGAGAUAAUUCUGGCAAUGCUGUUGCCAGUCUUGAAGGAGUUCAUGCACAGAAGAGCAAGAGAAGGAGCAGAUGCAUGGAAAGAGGCGACAUCCGAGAUCCGUUUGGGUGAAGUCGGAGAACAACUUGGCCAAUUCUCCCUCGACCUUGAUCAAAUUGAUCAGAAAAGAACAGCUGGCAGCAAGAACGAGAUGCUCAGGUCAUAUUCCACAGCUAUGGCCAAUCUGGCGGAAGAACAGACAGCACUGGUGCAAUACUCGGUACCCAUUUCGUUUGAAGCAACGGUGGUGAACAGGGCCUGUACUUUGCAUUUGCAUGGCGAGUUGCCUGGUGGUAGCGUGUGCUUUGUGAUUGGGAGGCAGGAAGAGACAAAUGCGUGGCUGUCGUUCUUUGGUGGCCGGAAGCACCACAAUCCUCAUCUAACCAUUGAGGGUAACCUGGUGUUCAAUGGUGUUCCCGCCAGCAAGUGGAGAGCAGAUGAGUUGCAUCAGCUGAGAUGCUUUGUUCAAUUGCGAGAUGCAGAUGUGUGGGGGACGCUGACUGCGUUUCAGGUGCUGGCAACCUCUUUCAAUCUUUUGGAGAGCAGCUACGUAUUUCCAGAACAACAGCUAUUUCAACAAGUUGCCCUAGUGAAAUUGUUUCAGCUUGAGGAAUACGUUGCCCGGCCCAUGGCAGAUCUCAGCGACGAGAUCCGUUUAAGAAUUCAAAUUGUGAAGCAGUGCAUGUAUUCUCGAGGAUUGCUGGUCUUAAAAAAUCCACUUGCAAAUCUGGAUCAAAGAGCUGGCAAAGAACUUCUUCGAUUGCUAUCUUUCUUGGCAGGCUCAACUGGAAUGACUGUGAUCCUGUCUGGCCUCUCAUCCUUCAGUGGCACCGAGGGCUACCCAGCAAGUCACAUUCUUUGGGUUCCAGAAGGUAUGCCCCCGAUCUUUGGCAAACUUUCCACCAUUGUGGACUAUUGUCGGGAUGCUGAUGUGCCAGUGCCUAUGACAACGAAUGCAGUAGCCUGGUGUGCGGACCUUUUGUUAAAGGGAGGCAUCAAGUUUUGGCCACGGUCGGCAUGCAACAAAUCAGACCGCAGAGGUGGCAUACAUGCGUUGGAUGCGUUGAAGCAUGCAGAUGUUCAACUUCGAAGCCGGAAAAACUGUUUCAUGCAAUGUUUGGUGCUGUUCCAGAGUGAACUUGCAUAUGCAUUUGAGGAGUCAGUCACAAUUUACAAGUUCUUGGAGACUUUUGGAGUUGCGCUUUGCGCAGGUUUAGUUUGGUUCGGAAAGUUUUCUGAAAACACUGAGACCGCCCUGGGUGAAAGUGUUGCUUUCCUUUUCUUCACAACAAAUUUGUUCACAAUAGCACCGGUUUUUCAAGCAUUGGCUGCAAGCCCGAUCAUGUUGAAGAGGGUUACUGAUGACUUUCUCAAUGGCUUCUGCAACAUCUAUGCUUUUGUUCUUGCGAAUGUGAUGGCAAACCUCAUUGCUCGAGCAACCUGGUGUGCCGUUUGGCAAAGUUUGGCCUUUGCCUUUGCAGACGUGGGAGAUUCUUGGCUCACGAUCUUCCAGAUGCAUAUAGUCAUAAUGCUCAACUUCCUCGUCAUGCAUGCAGUGGGCAUGAUCUUGGGUCUGAUCAUUCCGAAUGCACUGCUGAACACUGUAGUCGGAAACAUGUUUGCCCAGAUUUGCCUGCUGAGCAAUGGCUUCUACACAAAGCUUCCAUCCUGGUUGAGGUUUGUGACUGUGGUUUCAGUGCCUCGAUAUACAUUUCGUGCGUUGCUCAAACUGGAGUACAGGUGGUAUCACACCUUUACAGUCCAUCCAAACCGUGGUGUGCAGCAGUUUGGGUACCCGACAAAAUAUAUCCCAGCUGAGCUGACACUGAUGUUUCAGACCAUGUUCGAAAGAGAGAUGGAAGUGAUGCAAUCUCCGGUGGAGACAUCCGUGUGGAUUGAGAUUGGCACUUUGGCAGGCAUUUGGGCCUUCCUGAUUUUUGUUUUUGCUGCCAGCUUGCAUCAAAGCCUCUCCAUUCAAGAAUGCCAGUAUCACGAUGCAGACAUGGAAGCGCAAGUUACUGGAGUUGCUCGCAUUAAAAACCUACUAAAGGGAUUUUCUGGCGAUUCUGGGCAAAACAGAGUCAGCACGACCAGUACACCUGAAGACGAAAGUCCACAUAGUCCGCGCGAGGUCAGCAUUCCAGUGGAAAAACCAUCAGAAUUGGCUGAAGACACCUUCAGGGAGAUCGGAGAAGAAACACACAUUUGCAUUCACAAAAACGAAGAACGUGGCCCUGAGAAAAUCACGACUCGAAUUUCUUUGUAA